GUGACUUGGCUCGCUCCACUGUGCCACAGAUUCCUGUAGAGCAGCCAGAGCAGCGGGACUCCUCCCCUUCACUCACAAACCCGGAGCACGUAGCAACAACUGAGCCAAUGCGCUCCGCCGCGAUCCGUCCUACCGACUGCGGUGCCUGGCAACAGAAAAAGACGUGAUGACGUCCUCCUCAGAUUGCGUAUUAUGGGAUGUGCGAAAUUAAACAACCCGGAGAGGACACGAGGGAAGCCAAAAAUAAUAAAAGAGACAGAAAUAAACGAGGUGCAUGGUGAACCAUGGAGCUCUCUGCUGUGGGUGAGAGCGUCUUUGCAGCCGAGUCCAUCAUUAAACGGAGAAUCAGACGGGGUCGCUGGGAAUAUCUCGUGAAAUGGAAGGGCUGGUCUAAGAAGUACAGCACUUGGGAGCCAGAGGAAAACAUUCUGGAUGUGCGACUCUUCACUGCCUUCGAGGAGAGAGAGCGAGAAAGGGAGCAGUUCGGACCGAAAAAGAGGGGACCCAAACCCGAGACAUUUCUCUUAAAGGCCAAAGCCAAAGAAAAGACAUAUGAUUUUAGAAGAGAGGCUCCCAGAGGGAUCCAGGUUUCCUAUCCCGUCCCGGAGCCUGUCAUAACACCAAGGGCCCGGGAAGGUUUACGCGCCGUGGUUCCCACAAUCUUCCCACCGAGCGCGGUCAACAGAGGGGAAAGCGUCCACGUCCGACCACCAGAGCUCGAGAGGAGGCCCAGAGAGACUCCAGCAGCCGCUGUGACUCUCCAGGAGCUGGAUCGCUUCCCCAAAAAGAGAGGGCGCAAACCCAAGCUGCAUUUCCAUUAUGACGAAGAUGAUAGAAGCAGCUCAGCAACAGAGCCGCUGGAGGAGCCAGUGUCCCCGUCCAAAAUGACCAGACACCUGCAGCACCACGGGGAGCCGCCACAUGACCGCAGCCUCAUCCAGCUCACCAAGAGGUUUCAGGUGGAAACGACGAUCACACCCAAAUCCAGCAGCGAGCGCCGAAAUGCGGGACCCGCAGGUUUAUCUUACACCUGCGCGAUCGCUCCAGGCGCGCGUAAAGGUCACCAGAGAGGACACAGCAGGACUUACUGUUUGAGCACGACGUCUGUCCCUCAGCUCGGGAAGACGAAGCAUCAGCUGAAGACGUGCUCGCCAUCCGCUGCCAUGUCCACUCACACCGAGUCCGUGUGCGAUUCACGCGCACGAGCAGCCUCGUGCGCGUGGUCCCCGCGUUUCACCAACCUGGACACUGUGACCGUGACAGACGUCACCACGAACCUGUUGACAGUCACGAUCAGAGAGAGCAGCACAGACGAGGGCUUUUUCAGAGAUAAAAGCUGAGCGUGUGCGCUCAGCACAGGCUGAUAUCUGCCCACAUUAGAAGUUACUAACCAACACAUCUACUGUAGGACUCUUAUUUUUUGUUUCUUUGUAACUUUCAAACGUGUUCGCGCAGAUUUUUAACACGCUGCCUGAACGAAUAAUAAAUAUAGGAAAAGUGGCAUCUUUGCUGUCGUGUUACUGAAAAUGUCCUCAAACACUAAGUUUUUUUUUUCCUGUGCAAAAAAAAAGACUUUGUUCUACAUUGUUCUACAAAAAAAGAAAGUAUAUUCAUUUAAAGAUUAAUUUGACUCGAAGGGUCCGUAGUUUUUGAUUUAGAGGGUAGAAUACUUUUUCAUGUCAUUUCAAAUAAUCGAAAUAAUUUGAUUACGUGGAAAUUUAACGUCACUAUUAUCAUAUCAUUUUCUUUUUUCAAGUCUUGUUGUUUAGUCUUAAUUAAACAUGCUUAAUGUAGCU